AUGAAAUCUAAAGAUCUGCGAAACGUCGUACUUCUUAAAUAUGAAAAUGGAGAUCGUCCAUCGAAAAUCUUUCACGAUUUAGCCGGUGCAAUUUCACUGCGUACAAUUUGGCGAUGGAUAAAAAUGAUCAAGGACACCGGAGCUAUCGAUCUGUCAACACCUCCUGGCCGCACACGCACAGCUCGAACAACCGGUAACAUCAAAAAGGUCAAACAACGCAUAAUGCGCAGGAAACGGUCGUCGGGAAGAAAAAUUGCAAGAGACUUGGCUGUAUCACAGACGAGUGUUCGUCGAAUACUUCACGAAGACCUCGGAUUGUUCCCCUACAAGAUUAUCAAAGAACCGGCCAUCACCGAAAUUCAAAAAGAGCAGCGAAUGAAAUUUGUAAAUUGGGUGAAGAACAAUUUUAACAACGAUGACAUUAAGAGAUGGCUAUUUUCAGACGAGAAAUUAUUCGAUUUUGACGGUGUGUACAAUGUCCAGAACGAUAGGAUAUGGGCAGCCAAUCGUCAAGAAGCUGAUGCAAAAGGUGGGAUCAAAAAGAAACACAAACUUCCCACAAAAGUAAUGGUUUGGCUUGGGGCAUGUCGCAAUGGUUUAACAACACCUGUCAUUUUGGAUAAUGGGACGGUGAAUCAUGAAAAAUAUAUUGAACAAGUUCUUCCAGUAGCUCUCAAAUGCGGUAAUGAAAUGAUGGGCAGCGAUUGA